GGCGUGUCCCGAUUUUGUCGCGUCGUUUGAGUUAGGUUGUUUGAGGGAAUAGCGGCGUGUUUAUUGUUGUGAUUUUUGUGUGUUGAAAUUGCAAAAUUACGGGACACUUUGUGACAGUUACUUUUCGUUAACAUAUUUUGUAUCAAGUAAGAUAAAACAAACUGGACUGUUAUUUCGAAGUUAUUACAUUUAAACAGUACACAAGAACUAACAGUAAACGACUGCUGAACCCAGCGCAAGGUUUUGACGGCUUUGUGGUCAUUCACUAAUAGCAUCAGCUGCAGAGGAACAACACAAAGAGAUUGCUUCGUUUUCGCUAAUCAAAAAUCACCAUGGAGCACAUUAUGGCGGUAGAUUUUGACGAUACAUUGCAUUUUUUUGAUGACUUGUUUGAUGAUAUGUACCGGGAAACUGUACGUACACAAAAUGACAUGCGAAACGCAAUGCUUCGGUUGAACCCGCCAGCCCUGACCUCGUCGGGAAGCAAAGCUUACAACAAACAUCUGCAGAGUAUUCAAGACUGUGUGCAAGACGAAGAUGGGAAGAAGACGGUUAAGUACCAGGUUGACAUGAGCACCUUCAAACCCGAAGAAAUAACGGUAAAGACGAAAGACAAAACCCUUUCCAUUCAUGCGAAACAUGAAGAUAAAUCGGAAAACUCUACGAUGUCGCACGAAGUUUUCCGACAGUUCACGCUUCCCAAUGACGUCGACCCCAAGGCAUUGAAAUCGACCCUGACUAACGACGGGAUUCUGGUUAUCAAAGGCCCGAUAAGUGCGGACAAUGCAUUGGAAGAACCUCCUGCCAAAAAACCAGCACUGGAAGAAAAAUGAAACCCUAGCUGAAGAGAAAAAAAGAAAAAAAAGAAGAAGAAAGAUGAACAUUAAUGUUGUCCACGAGAACAUUUACACAAGGGUGUUGGCGCUAACGUUGCAUAUCAUUAUCCUAUCAUGACGUGUGUACAUGUAAUGUAUCAUUGUAUGACAAAUGAGUUAUUCCUUUCGUUAUAAUAUUUGACGAUGAUUGAUUCGAAAGCCGAAUUGACAUAUCAGUCUUAAAUGUUCUUAUUUUAAUUAUUAGCAUUUUUGCAAGUGACUGAAUAAUUGUUGUUUAGGUUGGUUUAGCAGUAAUAUAUGUUACUUUAGUCGAUAUGCGUGUAAAGAUAUCACCGGCAACUAUUUAUAAGUUUAUAGUCUUAUUAACGUAAAACUCUCUAGUCUUUUUGUUUUAACCUGUUUUAAGGGCUGACUUAAACUAUCUGUGUAACAGUAAACUGUAACAGUAAUCGAAAAAUAUUGUGUAUUGUCAAGACGUUUAGGUUUUUUUUGUUGUGCUAAUUAUUUUAAUUUUAAGUAUUUUUGUUCGAAACGGACGUGUCCUUUGUUUUACUCUUUUGGGUAACUGUUGAACUAAAAGUGAUGAUGUUCACAUUGAUAUAAAAUUAAAAAAAAUUAAAAAUU